AUGACAGAUCCGUUUUCCAUUGUGACGGGGUUCGCUGGGUUGAUAUCGCUGGGCAUUCAAGUGACUGAAUCUCUUGUCGAGUUCUAUGCUGCAUAUAAGGACCAAGAUGCCAAUGUGGCUCGUACAACUGCGAGGAUUGAAUCUCUCCUGACGCUUUUCCGGAGUCUCGACGCUGCGCUGAAGAAGCGGACAUUUCAACCAGAUGAGCAGGACCUGAUCAAGAACAUUGAGUCUUCGGUUCAUACCUGUGAAGACAUCAUUCGAGAAAUGCAAGAUGAGUGCGCGAAACUAAGCAAAACUUCUGCCACUGAUUUCAAGGGCGCUCUCAAAGUCGCGGGGCGACGAGUGGCGUAUCCAUUCCGCCAAAGCACUCUGCAGAAACUCGACGAGGAUGUUGGCGAGAUCCGGGAUAACCUAUCACUUGCCUUGGACGUGCUGCAGCUUAGAAACCAAAAGAAAGCCCAAGACGAUAUCGCCGAGCUCAAGCUGCUUCUCACGCUCGUGAAUUCGGCACAGAUCUCAUCAUCGGUUCGCGAGUGGCUCAAGGCGCCGGAUGCGAGUGUCAACCACAAUGCGGCGUGCGCGAAGCGACACCCAGGCACAGGCAUGUGGUUCAUCAAUGGUCCGGAAUUUACCACUUGGCUGAAGCAAGAUGGUUCGUUCCUCUGGCUGAAAGGGCCCGCAGGAUGCGGCAAGUCCGUGCUAUGCGCUACUGCCAUUCAACAUACUUUCCGCCAGAAGAAUUCCGUUGUGAACGCGGGCAUUGCCUUUUUCUACUUCACUUUCAGUGAAAGUUCCAAGCAAGACGAGUCUGCAAUGUUACGAGCUUUACUCUUACAGCUCUCCGGACAGCUCCCCAAUGGGCAAGAUAUCCUUAGUCGAUUACAGACUUCAUCCCAAGCUGGCACACCUUCAACCCCCCUUUUGAUCGAGCAUCUCCGAGACGUCGCACAAAGAUUCCAGCACGUGUAUAUCUUGCUGGACGCCUUGGAUGAAUCUCCGCGAUAUGGUAAACUGGACCAGGUCUUGAAUGCACUGGAGACUAUGAGGAACUGGUCACUUCCAGGAUUGCACCUCCUAGUCACUAGUCGAGACGAACCAGAAAUUCGUGAUUCCCUCAAUCCAGCUCAUGAGCAAACGCUGAUCAUGCAGAAUGCCGGAAUUGAUCAGGAUAUCAACGACUUUAUCACCAGCCAGCUCGAUGUCGAUCCAAAACUCCGAUGGUGUCACUUGCAUCAUGGACGCAUCAAAAAUGAGUUGGCUGGACGAGCUCAAGGCGUGUUCCGUUGGGUCGAAUGCCAAUUUGAAUCUCUCAGGCGAUGUCUUCGUAGCGAAAGACACCUCGAUCGAUGUCUCGCCUCAUUACCGCGAGGUUUGGACGAGACAUAUGAGCGGAUGCUGUCUAAUAUUGAUGAAGACUCGAUUGAGGAGGCACGACGGAUUCUUACUCUGUUAUGCUUCACAACCCGACCCCUAACAGUGCCGGAGCUUCUUGAUGGAGUUGCUGUCGACCUUAAUGAGCCUGCAGGACUGAAUCGUGGACGUCGACUGCAUGGUGAAGACGACAUUCGCAAUAUCUGCCCAGGUCUGGUCGAUAUCAGGUUCGAGGGGACCCUUACUGGGAAGUACCCAAAUGAGACGCGAGUUGUGAGGCCAGUUGUCCGUUUGGCUCACUUCUCGGUCCAAGAGUACCUGGAAUCCGGUCGCAUCACGGAAAAAAGGGCAGCCACUUUUGCGUUGCAAAGUGCUCCUGCCCACGCAGAGAUUGCGCAAAUAUGCCUGGUGUAUCUAUUGGAACCUGAGUUGUUCAGUGGGCCAUCAGAUGAGUCGGUGGACAGCAAGCUUCCCUUGUGUCAUUUUGCUAGCCGUUAUUGGGUCGACCACUACAGAGCCGCCGGGUUCGUGGCAUCCCGCUUGGAUGAGCUAACUUUGAGACUUUUCCGCCGACCAGACUCUCUCCGCGCCUGGUUCAAAUGGUAUAACGAAACAAUGCCCUUAUACUAUCGAGCCGAAGAUGUUGAGAGUUAUUAUUUUUCCAUUGCCUUGCCAGUUUUCUGUGCUUCCUUUCUCGGGCUUGAUGAGGUUCUCUCUAAAAUACUUGCCCUGGAAGACAGUGACAGUGAGAGACGAAAUCUGAUAAAUACCGUGUUUGGUCCUGGGCCCACGUCUCCGCUGGCAGCAGCAGCACGAGGAGGUCAUGACAAAGUGGUGUGCAUGCUCCUCAGUGCAGGCGCAGAUGUAAGCGUUGGAGAUUACGAGGCACUGUCGGAGGCAUCAAGCAAAGGUUACAAGAACAUGGUCAUAACACUUCUACAUGCUGACCCAUGCAAAGGAGGGCUUCAUAGAGCACUUGUAGCUGCGUGUUUUUAUGGGCGCACAGACGUCGUGAAACUACUCCUGGAUGCUGGAGCAGAUGCCAACGGCAGGAAUCAUAGCCGGGAGGCCCUAUUACAGAUAGCAGCUAUGAAAGGCUCCAGGGAUAUAGUGGAGAUACUAUUGAGCGCCGGAGCAGAUGUGAAUACUGCGGUACACGGAUAUACAGCACUACAGCGAGCAGCGGAAUAUGGAGACACGGAAAUGGUGAAGAUGUUGUUGAGUGCCGGAGCAGAUGUGAAUGCUGUGGUGUUUGGAUAUGGAGCACUACAUUAUGCAAUAAAAAAUGGAGAUACGGAAGUGAUGAAGGUGUUGUUGAGUGCCGGAGCAGAUAUCAAUGCUAGGAGACAGAGCUACGGGACUGCUCUGGAUCAUGCAUUGAUGGCCGGCAAAUGGGAUAUAGUGGAGAUUCUACUGGAUGCUGGGGCAAUCGACGACGAGGGCAAAGGCCGACGUGCCCUGGGAGAUGGCUCUCGAGUCUCGCGAGCAAGGUUCUGCUGA